GGAUGGUAUCUUGAUAAGAAAAGCUUUUAAAUUAACUUAUCUGCUGCAGCACGUGUGUCACAGAGCUGCUAUGACUGGAGCUGCUUUUACUUCUUUAUCAGCAACAGAUCUGUGCUUAAACAAACGAGAGGUUCAACACAACUCUGUGUCUGCUUCUCAAGUUAUCUCUUGUACACUGACGGUGCUGAUUGAUCUUGAGUGGAUUCUUUGUGAUUAACGAGGAUGAGCUGAAAUGAAUCUCUACUCAACUAUUUGGAGAUGUAUCAUCAUACUUCUCAACUUUUCCAUAAAGCGUUGCCCUCUGCUACCUGUUGGCUGCCAGCGCUUCAUUGGACUUGGCUACCUGACAGUAGAGCCAGCACCCCCCUUCCUCAUUGGCUCAAACUUGACAGUGUACUGCCACUUCAAAAACUGCGAACAAGAGUUAAAAAUGUCCCUGGAACUGAAUGGCAAGACCGUUGCCCCUCUGAAGAAAGUCAACUGCACCACGGUGAUGUUUCAUCUGCACAAUGUCCAGACGCCACAAUCUAUAGUGCGCUGCAAGAAGAAGAGUGGUCAGCUGUCUAAGAUUGUCAGUGGACUGGACCUACAAGGCGGGCUCCCCCCAGAUAAACCCGAAAACAUUGUCUGUGAAACGACGAGGAGCUCAGACUUUAUAGACUGCUCAUGGGAGAGUGGACAGGAAACUCACCUCUCUACUACCUACAACGUUUCCGUCAGCAGAGAAAAUAUGACCCAGAUACAUUUCAAUCAGACGCAGGAUUCUGAAGAAAUCACCAUACCACGAGGAGUUUUAGAUAAAAACACUAAAUACCAGUUGAUCGUCACUGCUUAUAACCACUUUGGAGCAUCUCAGUCUGAUCCUUUCAUCCUGUGUGUAAAAGAUAUUGUGAUGCCAGAGACCCCUCGUAUUGUGUGGAUGGAGUUUGGGAACGGUUCCAUAGCAGCCACGUUGCAGUGGAAAACCACAGAAUCCUCAGUGCAUCUCAGACCCUACAUCAGGCUGCGCACACAUAAUGACUACUGGGAAGUGAGAGAGGAAACAGAGCUAAGAGAGGGUCUGUUAAGAGUGGACAAUCUGAGGCCUCUGACUGAAUAUGAGUUCCAGAUAAGAACAUGUAACUCAACAACAGGACUGACACGUGCCAGGUUAAACACCGGCAAAAGCCCAUCCUGCAGCAAAUGGAGCCCAUCUGUGAAGGGAAGAAGCCCAGGAAAAGGUCCAACUCAGCAGUUGCAUGUGUGGAGGAUGUUCAGCAGCAACGGGACAGAUGGGCUGCGGAUGUUGACUGUUUUAUGGAAGCCUCCUCGGCCAGAGGAUUACAGUGGUGAGGUGCAACAUUACAAAAUCUUUCUGGCGAAUGAUCCGAAUCUGGAAGUGAUCUGUCCUGCUCCUUGGAGCCUGUGGUCAGUUCCGGUAUCAGCACAGGUUCAGGCAGUUUCCAUCAGCGCUGUCACCUCAUAUGGGUCCUCCCCACGAGCAGAUGUGCCGCUCAGACACUCAGGUGUUUGCGGACCUGUUCUGACAAAGUUGGCUCCUGCAGCUAGUGGCAGCGCUUUGCUUGUCUCCUGGUCGUGGCCCGAAACCAAACACACGUCUACAACUGGAGAAGAUCUGCUGCACUAUGUAGUGGAGUGGAUAAGUGUACCUGCGACAGAGCUGCAGUGGCAAAAGCUCGCCAAAAAUCAAAACAGCACCUCCAUCACAGGUCUGGCUCCAGGUGUGAGGUACAAUAUCUCUCUGUACGCUGUGACCACCAGAGGUGUCAGUGCUCCAUCAUCCGUCCUCAUCUACUCCAAAGAACAGAAACCAGUGUCCAGUCCCAACAUGUCGGUGCUGGUCCAUGAGGCCAGGCGGCUCCUUAUCGCGUGGGAUGAGCUGCCUGUGGACCAGCAGAGGGGCUUCAUCACAAACUACACCAUUUAUGUUCAGAUGCUGGACUCCAGCAAAACAGCACUCAAUGUCACGGUGUCUGGCUCUGGCCACAGAAGGAUCUGGCUGGACUGUCCUGAUGGAGCUCUGGUUCUUCAGAUAGCUGCAUCCACCUCAGCAGGAGAAGGGCCACGGGGGAUCCGGAUCUCCUCUCUGCCUGCAGCCCCUGCAGGUGGCUUGGUGAUUGUGAUUGUUUUUAUCAUCACCUUCUUCAUAGCGAUCAUAGCCAACCUGAUGUGCUGGAGUUGUGUGAGACAAAGGAUUAAACAAAAAUGUAUAUCCUGGGGACCUGACUGGCUCCUUGAAAACCCACCAAAACUGGGAAACAGUACUGCCAUCAGACUACUGGAGCAGGAUGGAACAGAACCAUCCUUCUCAUCCACCCAGAGUGAUCCUCCGCUGUCCCCCAUUACUUUGAUCUCCUUGGAGGACUCGGACAACGUGUAUCCCAACAUCCACGUCGAAGUAUUCCAAACUGGAUCAGGGCAAUCCACGGCAGAGACACCUUUACUAACAUCAGACACCGGGACAAUGCUUGUUGACAGCCAGCUGGAACACGUCAGCUACAGACCUCAGAUUGCUAUGCUGGCUUCACAAGGAGAGGAGGAGACAGAAGAGGAGCAGACGAACAUACCAGCAAGUGGGGAGGAAGAUGCAUGUUCCAGUUUAUCUGGAGGAUUACUGGGGGGCUUGCUGUCCAGUGUGGAGGUGGAUUUCUCUGAUUCGCCCCUGAGACCGACUCUCAGCUCUGUUGGUGGCCUUUUGUGGCUCAAAACUCCUGAAACAACAAGUGUCUUGAAUAGAGGCUUCUUAGUGGGGAGGGUGGGGACCGAGAGCGAGGUGGAAGUGGUUUCCCCCUCUCUAGAGUUACAACAGGGCGACAUAAUGACUCCUGACAUGGCAGACACUUGUCUCUCUCAGUAUACAGUUGAGACAGCUCUAACUGGCGGUUACUUCCCUCAGGUAGCUGCUGUCAGCGGGACUACACUCCGCGACACGGAGAGGUAGCUGGGACCAUGGGAGUGACGCAAAGAGCACUACUCUCUGCACUACUAAACCGACUUUGAAGAAAGCAUUACUCAAAGACCACUUCACCAAGUAAUAACCUCAGUGACUCUGUGAGAUCAGACGAAACUCAGAUGAUCUAUAACUAUAAUCGACUGUUAAAAACCAAAUUAAUAAAGUGAGUUUGAUUCAAGGCCGCUCUAAUAAAUGUGUAGCAAUUCCACACUGUCUAUGCUGGCACCAUCUUUUCUGACAGCAUACUUAAUUUAUGGUUUUGUUAAUAUCAGCUCUGUGGCUCUAUGAAUGGCAAUGUUGACACCUGCUUAACACCUGCAUGUUAGCAUGGUCACUGUGAGCAUGCUGACAUUUAACCCAAAGAACCACUGUGCCUAAGUACAGCCUCACAGAGCCUCUUAGUCUUGUUCUUAAGCUCUUUAAUACAUAAAGAAAAUCUCUCCAGCAGACAGUUCAAACACUACUGCAAAUUUGCAAUUGCAGGCCUAAUAAUUUGCAGGAGCCCGACAGUGAGACGCUAAAUAAGUGACAAACGACUGCCAGUUUCAUCAAGUUAUAAAUAAAACAUAGUCUCAG